AUGGGCAGUAGACGGAUAUUCGCACCCGCGUUCAAGCUCAAAGUCCUUGACUCCUAUAGGAAUGACAUCGAUUGCCGAGGCAAUCAGCGCGCGACUGCCCGUAAAUACGGCAUACAUCGGCGCCAGAUACAAAAGUGGCUCCAGUGCGAGGAUAAUCUUCGGAGCUGCUGCGCGGAAGGUCCACCGACGAGCGUCGCCACUCCCGCAGCCUCGCCGCAAAAGGACCUCCACGACACGAAGCCUCAGCCUCAGCCUCAGCCACAGCCUCAGCCUCAGCCGCAGCCUCAGCCGCAGCAGCAGCAACAGCUCCGAGCCACUAGCGCCACUCCAUCAACGCCGGCCUUGAACCUUAGUCUCGCCAGACUGCACGGCGACGAGCUGGCCCAUCAUAAUCACCAUCAGCAGCAGCAGCAGCAACAGCAGCGGUACGAGGCUGCCGUCACAGCGGCUUCCGCAAUCGCUAAUGACACCUCCACCACUGGCAGCACCAUUAGCAACUCCUCCGCGACCCCGACCAACGUCAAAGCCAACGAGCUCCAGCAAUAUCGACAGCUGAGCUACGAGAUCAAGAUUGAAUCGCCAAACUCGAGCUUCCGAGCCGAGGAGACGGCCGUCGUCUGUGACAUAAAAAAGGAGCGCGCAAGCCCCGACUCGGGCUGCCUCGGACACCCUCGCGAGCACUCCGAGGUUCUCGAGUCCCUGCCCCCAAGUCCGCGCGACUCCGCGUCCUCGUUCUCAUCAUCGGCCUCGGCUUCCUCGUCCGACAGCGAGAUGGACUACACACUGCCGGGCCGCCACCACCAGUCGGAUCUCGCGCGGCGCCGCUCCUUCUCCCUGCGCUUCAAGCUCGACGUCCUUGACGCCUUUCAUCGUGACGCCGGAGUCGCGGGUAACCAGCGCGCGACCGCCCGCAAGUUCGGCAUUAACAGGCGCCAGGUGCAAAAGUGGCUCGGCCAGGAGAGCGAACUCCGUGGCGUUAUCGAGCUCUGCGCCGCCGGGGGCAGCGAACGUCAGCGACUGGGCCCCCUCCACGAGGAGACACCCGUCGACCUGCGGACGAGCUGCCCCUUGCUCCUUACGACGUCGGAGCUCGGUCAGGUCUCACCCCGCUCUGCCGGCAGCCACUACAGCUGCUGCGACUACGGGGACUCGCCAUCGCUCACGCCCCCCUACAGCACCCCGGGCUGCUCUCUCUCCUGCUGCCAGGAACCGAGGCCGAGCAGUCGACUUCGCUAUUGCACCUCUCCGACGCUCGCGGCUGCCGACUCGGAGGGCGGCAAGCGAACCGCUUGCUCGCAGUCCUGUUGCGCGCCCGCGUCUAAGAGGCUCUGCCUGGACGAAGAAUUGCAUCAGCAGCCCCAGCCAAUGCAGGAGACGCCACUCUGUCUGGUAAAGCCGCGCUGCGACUCCUCGUCUCAGCAACUCGAGUCCGUCUCGAGCACCAUUACAACGCCCCUCGCACCCACGACCGCCAAAAAGGACGCCAUCCUCUUCAAGCCCUACCUCGACAACCCGGUGAGCAAACCCACCCCCGAGGAGUCGGCCACCUGCAACAACAACAACAACAACAACAAUUGCCAGGAUGCGUGCAAUCUGAACGAGAGACAGGCUCAGGACUUGGCGCUCGAGCUGAGCUUCAGGCUGCCCAGCGGAUGGCGAGCCCAGCAACAACACCAGCAAUAUCACCUACAGCAGCAGCACCACCAACAGCAGCAACACAAUGCUGUGCACAAUGAGAUACAUCACAAUUCAAAAGCUAUUUGUAUUAUGAACAUCUUUAUAUAA